CAAUAUGGACACGCUGAGGUUACUUAAGGCAGGAGUUCAUGUGCCACCUGCUUAUAAGAUUACUGGACACCAAACGGAGAGACAGACGGUGACAGAGUCAUUUCCAGAGGAGGUUAAGCAACUGGAGGUAGUGAAAGUACCGAAGAAAUGGGAGUCGAAGAGAGAACAUUGAAAGACAUGGGCUGAGCUGAAGGCGAAGAGGAGGAUACAAAGUAUUCCAGAUCCGUCCUAUGAUCUUAAUGGCGACGGAGCGGUUGGAAUGAGGGAGUAUGCUAUUGCUAAGAGGUUUGAUAAUGAUGGAGACGGGGUACUUACGAAAGAAGAGAGGGAAAAUUUGGUGCAGAAGUUGAAGAAGGGGUAUGAACAAACUCUUUAUUGGGACCCGAUAAAUACCAAUACGAAUAAUGGAUACAGAGUCGUUCAGAAAGGAGGAAGGAUCCUUACAGAUAUUGGAGAGUUUGGUGUUGAUCCUUCCAAAGAGAGUCAAAAUAAGAUGACACUAACUCAGCUCAAAAAGAGGAGAAAAAACCAAAUGCAUGAUGAAUAUGACAAGCAGUUUGAGAUAAGGAAGAAGGAAGCUUUUAUAAAAACUGAGAUGGUUGAAAUGACAGUAAACAAAGCCCAGCCAGCUCUAACCCAAACUUGAACUGAUGCUAAACUUGAUAAAGAUAUUACUGCAUUUAAUAAUGAGAAACCAAAAUUUACAAAUGCCAAAACUAAGAAACAGCUAGAUAGGCUUAGAAGGCAGCUAUGAAUCCAAGAAAAUGUCAGGAAUAUCAAUCUAAAUUAUGUUAAAAGCGAAGAAAGGCUUGAAAAUCGAGAGAAUUCUCUGUUUAGAAUGGCAGAAAAGAGUCAGAGAAAGACGUAUAGAGAAGUUAAGAAGUCCAGAAUGCUUAAAGAUUUCUUACAUGAGCUUAAAAAUAAUGAAAAUUACAAGAAAAAUAAUGGGAUUGGAAGAUUCAAAGGAUGUAUUGGUUUCAGUAAAGAACAAAGGAAGCGGUUUAGACAGGAUUUAGAUAUUAUGAGUGAUUGAAAAACAAUUGAUAUAACGGAUGAUCCAUUUAAGACGAAUAGAAUAAUAAACUCUUCAUCUCUUAGUAGGCAAGAUAAAAUGCUACCCUUGAGUCCAAAUUCUGUAACUAUUAAACCAUACAAAGGAAAAGUCAAAAAGAGUACAACAAUGCGUAAUCUCGAAAUCAAAAGACCCAACACUAAUACAAAACAGGCAGUAACUUAUGCUACAGAUGCUCUACCUCCUUACUCAUCUUUCUCUUCCACUGGCUUUAUAAACCUGGACUCAAAUUUAAAAAUAAGUGGGCCUUCAAAACAAAAUCUGAAGAAAUUGUUGAAAAAUUCUAGUUCAAGAUUAACAAAAGCUCAGAGACAGAAGUACACAGAGGCUCUGCAGAAAUCAAUCAAGCUGCAGCAGGCGACGAAUAAGAUUAUGUUCAGGACUACCUUGGCAGGAGGGAUCAGGACAGGACCCUUCAAAGAUAAGUCUGAACCAGGGAAGGUUGCAGCCACUACAUCCUCAAUUAAGAGCACCUGGUAAUUCAUUCAGUCUGUAAUUAAGCGCUAGGAGUAUUGAAGCAAAUAGGAUAUCAACUGAGUAUCUUUCAAAGCAGGGCUACUCACAACCCUCUCAGUUUUGCCCUUAUGCCAAGUCACUCUUCUAGAAUUGUAGAUUUAUUAAUUUACUUAAUAAACAUCAAUUAUGCAC